AUUUUGCCCUAAAUUGCCAUUUUCUCACACUGCAGGAGCCUGCAGGUAAAGGAGGCAGCUGCUGGUCCCUGGGGGCUGCCCGGGGCAGGAGCAGCAGCUCCAGCCCCACAAUGAGCCCAGGCUGACCUGUGGGGGAUACGGAGGCUCCCAACACUGGGUGCUGGCCCGGAACCUGCUUUCCUCUCUGCCCUCUGUGGUGAGAGGGAAGGUGGGACCAGGCAGGGACCGCACCUAACUUUCCCUUCCUCUGCAACCCUCCCUUUCCUCACCUCACUGCCGGACACAGGCCAGGACACAGAGCCAGCUGGGUCCUGCAGCCGAGCUUAAUGCUGCGUUUGCCCUCCCUUUCCCUUUGUUUUUUCCUCUCCUCCUGUCACUGCCACCCCGGGAGGAAGAGAGGGAGAGGCCGUCGCUCACACGCUCCUCUCUGCAUUAACCCGCUUGAGUGAUUCCUCCCCUGAUGCCUUUGGGAAACUCUCCAGCGCUCUGACGGAGGCCGCGGGUGCUGGCUUUAAAUCACCUUCUCCUGUGGAUUACGACAGCUGGCUGAGAAGAUAAAAGCUUUUCUCUCCUCUCCCCUUCCUUUUCACUUUUCCUCCUAAAGCCGCAGCGGUUCCCAGCCGCAGGCGCGAUGCUGGCAGGAGCCCUGCGCUGCCUCGUGCUCCUCUGCCUGGUUGAGAAGAGCAUCAGCAAAGUCCGGAGGUACUACAUCGGGGCCGUGGAGACCGCCUGGGACUACACACACAGCGACCUGCUCUCUGUGCUGCAAACACCUGCGGGCGUGUCAGGGCUGCCGGGACCUCAGCCCCCCGCACCCGGUGCCCUUCCACAUUACAGGAAGGCCGUGUUUGUGGAGUUCCCCGAUGCCUCCUUCACACAGCCCAAGUCCAAGCCGGCGUGGAUGGGUCUCCUGGGCCCCACCAUCCGAGCAGAAGUGUAUGACACAGUGGUCAUCACCUUCAAGAACCUGGCCUCCCGCCCGUACAACCUCCACGCCAUCGGGGUGUCCUACUGGAAGGCGUCAGAGGGUGCAGGGUACGAGGAUGAAACCAGCCAGCUAGAGAAGGAGGGCGACAGGGUGGAUCCGGGGAAGACGCACACCUACAUCUGGGAAAUCCAGCAAAACCAGGGCCCCACAGACGGUGACUCACCAUGCCUGACCCACUCCUACUCCUCCAACAUCGACAGCGUGAAGGACACCAACUCCGGUUUGAUUGGAGCCCUGCUCGUGUGCCGGCCUGGGACCCUGGUGAGCGAUGGGACCCAGGACACGCAGCAAGACGUUGUGAUGCUGUUCGCAGUGUUUGAUGAAGGGAGAAGCUGGUACUCUGAGCCCGACCCCCCGGCAGCUCCUCAGCCCCUGCCCCACACCAGGGAGGAGCUGCACACCAUCAACGGCUACGUCAACGGCUCGCUGCCCGGUCUCACGCUGUGCCUCAAGAAGCAGGUCCACUGGCACGUGAUAGGCUUGGGCACUGGGCCAGAAGUGCACUCCGUCUUCUUUGAGGGACACACGUUUCUGGUGAGGGGCCACCGUCUCAGCAGCCUAGAAAUCUCCCCUGCCACGUAUCUCACAGCUCAGACCAUGCCAGGAACAGCCGGUCAGUUUCGGUUGUUCUGCCAGAUACCGUCCCACCAGCAAGCCGGCAUGGAGGCCCUUGUGAAGGUGGAGCAGUGCCCGGAGGAGCGCCUGCUGAAGAUGGGGCAGCUGUCAGAUGAGCCAGAGGAGGUGGAGGACCAUGAGGAAGAAGAAGGAGAAGAAGAGGAAGCUUACCAUGUGAUCCAAGUGCGCUCUUUUGCCAAGAAGGACCCUGUGACCUGGACCCAUUACAUCGCGGCUGAGGAAAUGGACUGGGACUACGCCCCUGUGAAGCCGGCAUCUCUGGAUAGAAACACCACGAGCCUGUUCCUGGAGGCUGGCCCUCAGCGGAUUGGUUCAAAGUAUAAGAAAGUGAUGUUUGUGGAAUAUGAGGAUGCAGCCUUCAAGAAGCGCAAGGUGUCGUUCCAAGCAGAUAAGGGAAUUCUGGGACCUGUCCUGAAGGGGGAGGUUGGAGAUCAGUUUAAGAUUGUGUUCAGGAAUCUGGCAAGCCGACCGUACAACAUCUACCCUCAUGGCCUCACCAGCGUAAGGCCGUACCACGCCAUGAAGUCCACUCAAGUUAAGGACGUGAAGGACAUACCUAUUGCCCCUGGCCAGUCCUUCACCUACAGCUGGAGGGUCACGACAGAGGAUGGGCCAACGCAAGCGGAUCCUCGCUGCCUCACCCGCUUCUACUACAGCUCCGUCAACCCGGCACGGGACACAGCCUCAGGCCUGAUUGGGCCCCUCCUGAUCUGCUUCAAGAAGUCCAUGGACCAGAGAGGAAAUCAGAUAAUGUCGGAUGAGACAAGGCUGGUGCUGUUUUCGGUCUUCGAUGAGAACCGCAGCUGGUACCUGGAGGAGAACAUCAGGCGGUUCUGCACCGAUGCAGCCCACGUGGAUACCCAGGACCCCCAGUUUUAUGCCUCCAAUGUGAUGCACACUGUUAACGGCUUUGUCUUUGACAACCUGCAUCUGAACCUCUGCCUGCAUGAAGUUGUGUACUGGUAUGUCCUGAGCGUUGGGGCCCAGACAGAUUUCCUCUCCGUCUUCUUCUCUGGAAACACAUUCAAGCGCAACAUGGUCUUUGAGGACGUGCUUACCCUUUUCCCAUUUUCUGGAGAAACUGUCUUCAUGAGCGUGGAAAAGCCAGGCACUUGGACACUGGGGUGCCUGAAUCCUGAUUUCAGAGACCGAGGGAUGCAUGCCAAGUUCACAGUCUCUCAGUGCCAGCAUGAGGAAUACCCUGAUGAGGAAGAUUAUGCAGCUUAUGAAGAAGACACCUUUGACCCCCAACCGAGGGGCUUCUCUAAGAGGAGGAGAUGGCGCAGACCAUGUGUGAGUGAGCAGCUGAACAAUGUCACCUCUUCCAAAAAUGAGACAGGGAAGCCAAGAUUGUGCUUGACAGAACCCAGCCACGGGGCCCUCCCGAGCAAUGGCAGUAUUUCUGGUCCCUCUUCCAAUGGCACAUCAACAUUUUCGGGUAACCCACAUCCAGCUGAUAUUUCCCCACCUCUGCCGGAGACAAACUAUGAUCUAGUGUCCCAUGAAUCCUUCUUAGAAGAUGAAGAAGAAUUGUCAAAAAACAUCAGCCAGGACAAAGGGGCUCUCCCCCCUGGGGAACGCUUGGCAAGCAGCAGUGGAGAGGUCCAUGGUGCUGCUAGCUCCGAAGCAGGUCAGAAACAGCUGCACCAAGCUACAUCGGCUCCAGAUGAUAUGGUGGGAAAUAAGGUGACAAAUAUCUUAGAAGUACAGGAGCCAGUAAAAGAGAUAAUGGUCCAGUCUGGCAGUACGUUAGAGAUCCUGGAAGCAGAGCCUCAGAAGACAACAGCUCACACAGCAGGCCUGCGGGACUCAGCUGCCUUUGCUGCUGGUGAAGGUUCUCGUCAAGGGACCUGGAGCUCAUUUCACCAGAACGACCUGGAGCACAGUCUGGGACUUCAAGACACAUCUUCACAGAGUGCUGAUGAAAUGCCCUUAAAUCUCCAUGAGUCAAGGGAGACAAUCAAUACGGAACUGGCUUUAAGCACUGACCCAAACUCCUCCCUCGCACUGGCCAGUUCUUCAGCACCCUCAGACAAGCCAGGGGACAGCAGGACUUCCCGCACUGGGUCUCAGAGCCACACUGGAGAAGGCAGUCAUUCCUCAAAGGAGUUAGAUGCUAGGCUGGAAAAAAGACCUCACAAAGUGCUUUCACAAGGCUUUAAUGAAUCUUUUGAAGGGGAAAAUGUUUCUUUCCCAGACCUGGGACCCCGAAGGCCUGUAGAAGAGCAAAUCCUUACAGAUGUCAGUAACUCCUUGCCUGCAAAAAGUGGCACAGAAGAAGCCAGUGAACUUGCCAAAGGCACAAGCCUUCUCAAAGCCACCUCUGCACACAGCAAUGACCUUGAGCCUUCCAGCUACCUGACGACAGAAGAGAGGGAUGAGUUAAUCCUGGAGGCAGUGUUUCAGGGUGCUAUGGCCACUAAGGAACUGCCAGAGACAGACAGACUUGUCAUUUCUGAACCUAACCUUGUGGCCAAUGACACAAGGCAGCACCCAAAUGAUUUCUUAAACAGCCCUGAGCAGUUUCAGGGACCUGGAGCUCCAUCCCUGAGCACGGGCAGCCCCGACUGGAGGCCCCGACAAGCCAGGUCACUGCAGGGCAGAGGCUUGGUGUGGGGUCUGGGCCUUCCAGGCACCACUUCUCCUGGCAGCAGGGUGUCCCCCUCUGCAGAUAACAGAGCAGAGCAGGAUCUGGCCAGCCAGACCCCUGAGCCAGCAGUGGGAAAGAGAGGGUGCGGGCCUCAUUCCCCUUUUUGCAGCACUCGCUUCAAGAAGAGGUCCCUGGAAUCACACGGUUCUGGGGCUGAGGUGAUGGUGACCCAGCCAAGCCUGGAAGAAACGGGGAACUUGACUGAAGGGAGGCAGCGCCCAGGCAGGGGUGAUCCACAGGCUGUGCCUGCAGACGGAGCUGAGGAGAGGCAUGCUGAGGGGGGGCCAGCCCCGAGCAGCAGCGGGGGGGCUCAGCGCAGUGGCAGCUUCCUCCCCACACAGGCAGUGCCAGCAGCUGGCAGCUCAGGACCGCAGGAUGGUGCCGUGGCCGCAGACCUGGCCUCAAACUGGGACCCGGUCUCAGCAGUGGCAGCGGGGCACACUGGGGGCUUGCAGAGCCCAGCUCUGGCCGAGCUGCAGCCGGGCAGAGGGGCUGCUUGGGGGGCUCCGUGGGGUGAGCAGGCUCAGGGGAGAAGCCGGAUGGAGGAGGAGACAAAUGCCGUGGAGCAGCCGGGUCUGGAGAGGGCCUGGUUCAGUCCCCGACCUCAGCAGCUGGAGGCCAAUGCCACAAAGGGCUCUGUGCCUGACAUCACCUCUGGGCAAAGCCCAGAGGAAAUCCCUGUGAAACUGGCCUCCGAGGAGAACUAUUCCCUGCCUCUGAGCGGCCCUGAGCUCAGGCACAGCACUACUGAGAAGCCAGCCCAACAUGUGCAAGUGAGUCCGGAUGAACGGCAGGUGCUCGGGGGGGAAGAUGUCCUUGGAGAAACCGGGAAACGGGGAGAGCCUGAGGAGGACGGGGAAAGCAGCAGCAUGGCAGGGGAGAGGACCCAUGCCCCAGGACAUGGUGAGAACCAGGCUCUGAACAACUUGAGGCCAGAGGCUGACAAACUGGACUAUGAUGACUAUGGUGAAACAGAGCAGGCCAUGGAGGAUUUUGACAUUUAUGAAGAAGCGGAGCACGAUCCACGCUCCUUCCAGGGGCGGAUACGACAGUACUUCAUUGCAGCAGUGGAGGUGAUGUGGGAAUAUGGGAACCAGAGACCCCAGCACUUCCUAAAAGCCAUGGACCCCCGGAGUGGCAGGAGGAAGCCUUUCCGACAGUACCGCAAGGUGGUUUUCCGAGAGUACUUGGACAGUUCCUUCACUCAGCCACUGAUACGGGGAGAACUGGACGAACACUUGGGCAUCCUCGGGCCGUACAUCAGGGCAGAAGUUGAAGAUGUGAUCAUGGUCAAGUUCAAGAACAUGGCCUCGCGGCCCUUCUCCUUCCACUCCGCGAUGCAAGGCUACGAGGAGCUGCGGGGCACGGUGUCAGGCGAGGAGGCGGUGCAGCCCGGCGAGCUGCGGGACUACUCCUGGAAAAUCCUGCCCCAGAUGGCACCCACCACACAGGAGUUCGACUGCAAGGCCUGGGCUUACUUUUCCAAUGUGGACCUGGAGAAGGACCUGCACUCGGGCCUCAUCGGGCCACUCAUCAUCUGCCGCCAAAACGUGGUGAACCCCGUUUCCAGACGGCAGCUGGCUGUGCAGGAGUUCUCCCUGCUCUUCACCAUCUUUGACGAGACCAAGAGCUGGUACUUCCUGGAGAACAUGAAGAGAAACUGCCGCCCGCCUUGCCACAUCCAGCCGGACAACCCUGACUUUAGGAGAAACCAUUCCUUCCAUGCCAUCAAUGGCUAUGUGAGGGACACGCUGCCCGGGCUGGUGAUGGCUCAGCAGCAGCGGGUCCGAUGGCACCUCCUGAACAUGGGCAGCACCGAGGACAUCCACUCCGUCCACUUUCACGGGCAGAUGUUCAGCGUCAGGACUAGCCAGGAAUACCACAUGGGAGUCUACAACCUUUACCCUGGUGUCUUUGGGACAGUGGAGAUGUGGCCCUCGCAUGCUGGGAUCUGGCAGGUGGAGUGCAAAGUGGGGGAGCACCAGCAAGCCGGGAUGAGUGCCCUCUUCCUCGUGUACAACCUGGAUUGCCAAAAUGCCCUGGGGCUGGCCUCAGGCCACAUUGCGGACUCCCAGAUCACGGCGUCGGGGCAGUACGGGCAGUGGGCCCCUUACCUGGCCAGGCUGGACAACACCGGCUCCAUCAACGCUUGGAGCACUGCCCACGGCAAUGCCUGGAUCCAGGUGGACCUUUUGCAUCUCAUGAUCAUUCACGGCAUAAAAACCCAAGGGGCUCGACAAAAGCUCUCCAGUCUCUACGUCUCCCAGUUUGUUGUCUUCUACAGCCUCGAUGGGCAAAGGUGGAGGCAAUACAAGGGGAACGCCACCAGCACCCAGAUGCUGUUCUUUGCAAACGUGGAUGGAACCGCAGUGAAAGAAAAUCACUUCAACCCCCCGAUCAUAGCCCGGUACAUCCGCAUCAACCCCACGCACUACAGCAUCCGGACCACGCUGCGCAUGGAGCUCCUCGGCUGCGACCUGAACAGCUGCUCCAUGCCCCUAGGAAUGGAGAGCAGAGGGAUCCCCGACCAGCGCAUCUCCGCGUCCUCCUACAGCACCAACGUCUUCUCCAGCUGGUCACCCUCCCAGGCCCGCCUCAACCUCCAGGGGAGGACCAACGCGUGGAGACCAAAGAGCAACAGCCCCAACGAGUGGUUGCAGGUGGACUUUGAAGCAACCAAGAAGGUGACUGCAAUCAUAACCCAAGGUGCCAAGGCUGUGUUCACCCACAUGUUCGUGAAGGAGUUUGCUGUCUCCAGCAGCCAGAACGGCGUGCACUGGAGCCCGGUCCUGCAGGAUGGCAAGGAGAAGGUAGGCAGAGCUGCCCCGCAGCCAUCCUGCAGCAGCCCUGGGACAGCAAGCUCAGCCCUUUGCAGCAAACAUACUCACAGCAUUUUUGCAACAGCAGUGAGCCGAGCUGUGCUUGUCUUCAUCCUAAGGAGUUCCCAAGAGCUGCUUGUCCAUGUUGAUCCUGUCCCCAAGUCACGGGCUUACUGCACCAGAGCCCAGCAGAGCAGACAGCAGCACCCCAGAUUUCUCUCUCCUUUCCAGAUUUUCAAGGCAAACCAAGACCACACCGGCACAGUGAUGAAUGCGCUGGAGCCACCCCUCUUUGCCCGCUACGUGAGGAUACACCCCCGCCAGUGGCACAACCACAUCGCCCUGCGGAUAGAGUUCCUUGGCUGUGACACUCAGCAGGAGUACUGAUGGCUGCAGGGCCAGGCACGGGCAGUGCCAGCCCAUGGACCCACGUCCAGCUGGACACUGAACUCCCAUGGAGCUGGCCCCGCAGGGCUGUGCUCGCUCCGUGUGUCCAGGAGGUGCUGGUGGCAUCAACAGAGGUUCUUCUGCUCCAGGAGCCCUGGCCAUGCUGGUGGCUCCUGCUGAUGGGGCGGAUGGUUUGUCAUCAGUCUACCUGCCCCUCAUCUACCACAUGCCAUGUAGUCAGGCAUAAUGCUGAAGAAUUAAACAGUAAUUUUCCAGUAUCUCUGCACUUUCUCCUCUUCUCCAACCUGAGAGUCCCCAGGGGCUCAGUCAGCAUUACCAGCAGCUAGCAAUUAAUUAGCCCCAGAGAUCCUUCCUCAGCUUUGUUUUCCACAAGCACAGCCCUGUGGGAGGCAGUGGCUGAGAUAAGGGCUGGGGGCGGAGGCCCUGCUCCCCUCCCCAGGGCACGUUUCACAACCAGUGGGGAUUUCGGAUCUUGCCUGGAGGCAGCGCUUGCACAACCUGACUCAGCACUGGGCUUUGGUCCUCCAGUUCCCUUAAUCUCCUUCCCAUAAUGUGCUUGCUGUCAUGGCCCGAUGCCACCAUGGGGCUUCUCAGGGCUGCCUCCAGCAACACCCUCCUUGUUGCUCCCUGCAGCAGCUCUGUUGGUGCAGUGACUCUGUGGGGCCUUGGACUGCUUCUGCCUCACGCCCAGCGGUGGGGACCUUCCGGAACGAUGGCCACCUCAGAAAGGCCUGGGGUGCUGCGGGCAGGUGGGGGCCAUGGCUGCCGGGGGGCGCGCCUCUCCUCCGUGGGGGCAGCGGCAUCGUCACCACCGGCACGGCAGAGCCUGCGCCCGCCUGCACCCUGUGCUGCUUCCCAGGGAGCCCUGCAGACGAAGACUGGGCCCCAGGGCCCACCUGAAAAUCAUCGUGCAGCUGCAAGAGGCCAUGGCCCUGCGCGCUAUCCUCCUCCUGCUCCUUGUGCUGACUGCCCUGAUCUCCCAACAUCUCUCCAAGGCCAAGGCCACCUCCUCCCAGCUGGGCAGGGUGAGGCUGAGGAGGAGGCUGGUGGCAGACCAGGGGAGAUACUUGGAUCAUGAGGGGAAAGCCUCUCAUCACACACGGGAGAGGGAAGGAUCCAACCAGUUGAUCCAACGUGCCCGCCGGUCCUGGCUGGCAGACUACCUGGGAGACGUGUGGUCUCACCUCUACCAGAACAUCCCACGGGCAGUCCUGUACGUCUUCCCCGUCACCCUGCUGAUCCUGCUCCUCCUCUGCUGCCUCACGGUAGCUUUGGACUGAGGUGAGCCGGGGAACUCAGAGAAGCAGUGCAGAAAGGUGUGGAGCCUUCAUGGAGUGCAGCUCAAAGAAACCCCCAAACCGCAGGAGCCCAGAGGUGGUGUGGAAAGGCCAGGAGCAGAACCACCUUCUUGUUUCAGCUUAUUAUAAAGAAGGAAAGAUUCUCCCAGAAUGAUGUUCCCAUCCCGAAAUAAAGUUCAGACUUCACCCGAGGCUCCACCCGUAACCAGAACACAAGUCUGACAACGGCCCCAUCCCAUGGGACCACCAGGGACGGGGCCUGCAAGAGGAGAGCAGCACCCUGACAGCUCCGGGCACCCAGCAGCCGCCACCAGCCCUGCUGCGGUCUGUGAAUCCAGCGCCCCCAGCCCCACGCGUGGCACCCUGCCUCCCACGCGCGAAACCUAAACCACCCCUCCCCAGGG